GGGGUCUGGGGAUCUCUCUCUGUAUCUGUAACAUGUGGGUUUUUAUUCUUUGAUCCCCUCAAUGAAAGCAUCUGUUAAUCUCCGUUCCUGAUUCUUGAGCGACGGGUUUGUGUUGGGAAAGCGGCCAUGUGAGGAGAACAGAGCAUGUCUUUUACGGUUCUCUGUUUCAUGUCAGCUUAUUUAUGAUGCAAAUGGGUCGUUCAAUGUCUUUGUUUUUUAUCUCCUCCAUUUUCUAUAAAUGGGUGAUGAGUACAAGGGUCAGUUGCUAGAUUGAUGGUAGAUCCUUUCCCAUUUUAGUAAGAUGGAAUCUGAUAAUGGCUUCUACUCAGUCGAAGAGUUCCGUUUGGAUUCCAAGUGGCUGAUCGAUCCCAAACAUCUUUUUGUUGGACCCAGAAUUGGAGAGGGAGCUCAUGCCAAAGUAUACGAAGGAAAGUAAGUAUAAUAAUCAGAAUGUUGCUAUCAAAAUUGUCCAUAGAGGGGACACCUCUGAGGAGAUUGCUAAGAGAGAAGCUCGGUUUGCAAGAGAAGUUGCUAUGUUGUCCAAAGUUCAACAUAAAAACUUAGUUAAGCUUAUCGGGGCUUGUAAGGAGCCUGUUAUGGUGGUUGUAACUGAGCUAUUGCUGGGAGGUUCAUUGCGUAAGUACCUGCUGAACAUGCGGCCUAGGUGUUUGGACACAAGUGUGGCAGUUAGUUUUGCGCUUGAUAUUGCUCGGGCAAUGGAAUGCUUGCACUCACAUGGAAUCAUUCACCGUGAUCUGAAACCUGAAAACUUGAUCUUAACUGCAGACCACAAGACAGUGAAACUUGUGGACUUUGGUUUAGCGAGAGAGGAGUCAUUAACAGAGAUGAUGACUGCUGAAACAGGAACAUACCGUUGGAUGGCACCAGAGUUGUAUAGUACAGUCACACUGAGACACGGGGAGAAGAAGCACUAUAAUCAUAAGGUGGAUGCUUACAGCUUCGCUAUUGUCUUGUGGGAACUCUUACAUAACCGGUUGCCAUUUGAAGGCAUGUCAAACCUGCAGGCAGCCUAUGCAGCCGCUUUUAAAAAUGUGAGGCCCUGUACAGAAAAUCUACCUGAGGAUUUGGCGCUGAUUCUGACUUCUUGCUGGAAAGAGGACCCAAAUGCCCGGCCGAAUUUCAGCCAGAUAGUGCAGAUGCUCAUCCAUUAUCUCUCAACCCUUUCACCACCAGAGCCUGUGAUCCCAUCCCACAUUUUCAAUUCUGAAAACGCUGUUCUUCCACCGGAGUCUCCAGGUACAAGCUCUUUGAUGGCAGUACGGGAUGACUUGGGGGUAAAACCCCCAAAAGGCAACGAACCGAAAGGUUUCUUUUUCUGUUUCAAUCAAUGUUACUGAUCCCCUUGGUGAAAGAUUGUAUCUCCUUUCUGUGGGGAUCCUAACCUGCAUCUUGAGGGAAGUAAUGAAUUAGGUUCUAAUCCCACUGAAUACAUCUAGAUGAGUGUAGAUUAUCCAUCUCAGGAAGUUUCUUAGCUCUGUAGCCAAGAUAACAGUCUGUAUGUGCUGUUAUUGGUGAAUUUACUUAAUUUUAAGUGAUCACCAAUGACCUGACUA